AGAGAUGACUUCUGCGGUGACAAUCCCAUCUCCAAGGUCCUGCCAACCUAAUGGAGCCAGUGAAGAAGCCCUGCAGUAUGAAAUUGAAGAGCUGAAACAGAAAGACCUCGCUCUAGACCAGGAAAUUGCACAAUUUUUGUCUGAAGGCUACAGUCUGGAAGAACUGGAGAAACACAUCUCUCUGCUCCAUGAGUAUAAUGAUAUUAAAGAUGCUGGACAGAUGCUGUUAGGCAAGCUGGCUGUUAUUCGAGGGGUUACCACAAAGCAGCUAUACCCUGAAUAUGAUCUGGAGCUUAGCGACUAGUAUUGAACCUGAAGACUACAGUGUCCUGCAAAGAUGCCUAUUACUGGGCCGUUGGGUUUUGGUGUCAUACCUAUUUAAAAAUGAUAAAAGGUGGCCUUGGAAGUGUGUAGCCUUUCAAGAAAGCAUAUGUUAACAGCCUUUUUUCUAAGAAGCUUUGGAACAUGAAAGUUAUCAUCCGUUUCCUGUUUGUGGAAAACGGACGUUGGGGAUGUGGGAUUUUGUAUAAUUUCAAUUCGUCUACUUCCUGAUCAACACGUUUUUUGUUUUUUUUUCCAUAGGAAGGGUUAUAAUUCAAGGUUGAUGCUGAGUCUCUUCCCAUUGAGCUUUUACUUCUCUAGAGCAUCAUGAGACUAUUUGGAUAUGCUAAUCUGCAGGUGGAAGCAGCUUUUAAUGAAUGGAUAGAGGAAAUGAGGGUAGAAGAAUAUACAAUGUAAUAGCUGCUUGAAAAGAAAACCCCUCAAAAGUAGGGAGGGAAGAAGGUUGGAAGUGUGUGGGGGAGUUUUGUUUGUCUGUGGUUUUUUUUGUUUUGUUUUUAUGACCAAAUUUGGGAAGUUUGGUUUCUCUGCAUUUUUGUACCUCUCUGAUCUAGUAUCUAGAGAUUUUGCAUCACUUCUGUAGUAAAUAGCAAAAUGUGAAGUUGUAUUAAAUUGUCUAGUCUGAAUAAAGCAGCUAUCACGUUUCUCAGCAA